AAAACAUUACAGAGCAAAUGAGGAAUACAGAUGACCAAAGCAGAUAUCCACGCACGUACCGGUAUCCCGGUCAAUAUGAUGAACGUCAGAGGGCUUGCUGACCUGAAGAAGAAGAAAUCCUCCAAGGUCCCGAAGGGGACGGAUGCUGGCGUCCCUAAACCCGCCAGUGACUUCAUUAAGAAGCCCGAGGGGCCGUCGGCGGUCCCAAGUGCUGAUGCUGCCGCCGCUGCAAAGAGAAAGGCUGCGGGCAAGGCUCCCGAGGGAAAAAUGCCAAAAGCGGGAGAUGCCGGGAAGAAGGAUCCCCCCGUGGUCAUUGUAGAUGAUUGCCCCGCCUCCGGGAUGCCUGUGGAGAUGUCGGUGGUAGAAGUGCCGAGGGGUGUCCAGGAGCCCUCCUCUGAGGUCCUGAUGGUUUCUCUUCCGGUAGGAACAGCCGUGAUGAACUGCACGGCGGACCCGAGGGUACUUCUGAGGGGCAUGACCCCCGAGAUUGACAGAGUCGCCCUCGGGGCUGAUGAUGACCUGGCCCUCGAGGACAAGAUCCUCUGGUCUUCCCUCACAACUUGCAUUGCCCUCGGUGAACAGGCCCGGAGGCUGGAGGAGUGGCGUCUGCGCAAGGCUGAGCAUGAUGCAAAGAUGCGGGAGCUCAUCUGCCAGAACUCUGAUGCCAUCCGGCAGAUGGCUAUGCUGGAGGAGAGCCUUCGGCAGAUGACGCUGUGGGCGGAGGCCGCAGACCGGGGCAAGGCCGAGGCUGAGAGGUCCGCAGCUGAAGCCCUCGAGAGAGCCGCCAAGGCGGAUGCCAUCGCGAAGGCCCGAGAGGACGCCGUCUUUGGAUUUUUGGCAGGGGGUGGAGAGCAGAGGAGCAUAAACAAUGGUUGUCCUCGGUCGUGGAGUCCUUCAUCGACGAAUGGUGUGACGGGCCCGAUGUGGAAUGGGUUUCCCGAAAGGGCAAACAAUACUAUGAUGGGGGUGAGUUUUUUACUCAAGCCCUCAUCUACCGGAGGAUGGCCCGUCAUCUGAAGAUCGAGCAGAAAGACUUUGACCCGGUGGCAUACGGAUUUCCCCCUGCAACCAGAUGUCCGUGUUCCUCUCCCCUCGGAUGUCGAGAGGCCCGACCUGGAAGAUACGGAGCUGAUGAAGGAGGCCGAGGGGGCGAUACUGAGGCCGGCACAAAGGUCACUUCAAAGCCUUCGGAAGAGGGUGCCAUCGGGG